AUGCAAGACAUUGAACAAGAUUCAUAUAGUUAUCAUCGAUUACAUGAAAAGAUUGCACUUGUGUCAUUACUUAUGAAAGAGAUGAGAGAUGAGCAACAGCAGCAGCAGCAGCAUCCGCAAAGUUUUUUUCUUUCAUCUACUAAGAAACGUUUGGGUACGUUUUCAUGUGACAGUUUAAGUUGUGUAAGUAGUAAUGUACAGACUAAAAUGAAACAUCGUGAUGUUAAUAAUAAUAAAAAUAAUAAUAAUAAUAAUAAUAAUAUAUCAACAUCAAUGGCAGAUGAACAGAAUCAUGUACUAGAAUUUUAUGUGUUUAAUAUUAGUCAUGAACGUAAUCUUAAUUUAAUAAUUGAUUCCAAUGAUAAACGUUUAAUUAUUUUUUACAAUAUUUCCAAUGGUUUAUAUGCAAUUGGAGUUAGAAAUGGUUUUGUAUGCAAUUCUUAUGAUAAUUUACAAUCAUAUUUAUUAUUACAAUGUAUGAAACAUAAACAAUGUUUUAACUCCAUGUAUGAUCAAAGAAACCUUGACGAUAAGGAUAGAAAGAAGCAAACAGUAACAUUAACCACUCGACGAAUGUUUAUGCGUAUUUAUCAUUUACGUUAUCAUCGAAGAUAUAGAAUUAUUUUAGUUUUAUUUGGUUUUCUUAUUUUUGCUUAUCUUAUUAUUAAACAAAUGUCAUCGAAACAAUAUGAACCAACAUUAAUACUUGAUAAUGAACGACAUUUAUUUAUUCGUUUAUUUAAAACCAAUGAUUUAAAUAGAGAAAAAAUUCGUCCAUUUCGAAUUUUAAGUGGUUCAUUACAUUAUUUUCGUGUUUUACCACAAUUGUGGUCUGAUCGUAUUGAAAAAAUGAAAAAAGCUGGUUUAAAUACAAUUGAAACAUAUAUUCCAUGGAAUUUUCAUGAACCUGAAAUGGGAAAUUAUAAAUUUAAUGAAGGUUUAACUGAUUUAGUUAGUUUUUUAAAAUUAGUUCAUCAACAUGAAAUGUUCACAAUAAUUCGUCCAUCAGGUUAUAUUUGUGCUGAAUGGGAAUGGGGUGGUUUACCAAGUUGGUUAUUAGAAGAUGAUCAAAUGCGUGUUCGUACAACACAUCCAAAUUUUAUAAAAGCAUUGAAAAAUUAUUAUUCAGUUUUAUUACCUAUUUUAUCUGAACAUCAAUAUAAUCGACAUGAACAAGGUUCUAUAAUUGCAUUUCAAAUUGAAAAUGAAUAUGGAAGUUAUGGUAAUGAUAAAGAUUAUCUUGAAGCAAUACGUUCAAUGUAUAUUGAAUAUGGUCUUAAUGAAUUAUUCUUUACAUCAGAUGGUAGAAAUGAUUUUUCGAAAGGUUCAUUAGAUGAUGUAUGGGCAACAGUUAAUUGUCAAAGACAAAUUAAAAAAAAUGUUGAAAAAUUACUUGAAUUUCGUCCAAAUCAACAUAUUAUGAUAACUGAAUAUUGGACUGGUUGGUUUGAUUAUUGGGGUGGAAAACAUCAAACAGGUCAACAAAGUGCAUAUACUCCAAAAGAAUUUGAAAAAGAUCUUGAAGAAAUUUUACUUAAUUCAAAAUAUGAAAUAUCAAUUAAUUUUUAUAUGUUUUUUGGUGGUACAAAUUUUGGUUUUACAAGUGGUGGACAUCAUUUUCCAUCAGAAAAAUAUGCACCACUUGUUACAUCAUAUGAUUAUAAUGCACCAUUAAAUGAAUCAGGUGAUCCAACAGAAAAAUAUUUUGUUAUACAAAAUAUAAUAAAAAAAUUCUAUGAACAAAAUUCACAAUUAAUUAUUUAUAAUCAUGAACGUAUAAUUGAUGAUACAUUUGAAAUAAUUCAACCUAAAAUAUCAAAAAAAAUUUCUUAUGGAAAAAUAAAUAUAUUUGGUUAUAAAACAUUUGAACAAAUACUUAAUGAUGAUAUUUUAACAAAUAAAUAUCAUAUUCAAAAUGGUCCUUUAAAUAUGGAACAAAUUCAAAUUAAUAAUAAAACAAUUAGUGCAUCACAAGGUUUUAUUGUUUAUACAAAUAAUAAUAUUCAAAAUUUAGUAAAACAAAAUGAAGAACAUUAUAUAGUAAUAACAGCUAUUGCAGAUAAUGCUAUUGUACUUGCUAAUGGAAAUGUUAUACAUAAAUCUUUACAUACAGAUAAUUCAUUUCGAUUUAAUGUACCAUCAAAUACAUCUUAUUUAACAAUUAUUGUAGAAAAUAUGGGACGUAUUAAUUAUGGUCCUACACUUGAUCGUAGUCGAAAAGGUAUUUUAGAUAAAGUAUUAUUUGAUAAUAAAAUUGAAUUAAAAGAAUGGACAAUACAUGUAUUAGAAUUUCGUCAAGGUAUGUCAAGUAUUACAGAUUGGAAUAAAUUAAUAAUUGAUAAUAAAAAUUCAAAUACAAUCUAUGAUCUUAAAAAUGGUCCACAAUUAUUUUAUGCACCAUUUGAAAUUGCAAAUGAAAAUUUCAUACAAGAUACAUAUUUAACAUUCAAUGGUCAAUGGUCUAAAGGUGUUGCAUUUGUAAAUGGUUUUAAUAUAGGAAGAUAUUGGAGUAUUGGACCACAACUUACAUUAUAUAUUCCAAAAGAAUUAUUAUUUAAAGGAGAUAUUCUUGUUUUUCUUAAUGAUAAGAAUAUUUUUAAAUCACCAAUAACAUUAACAAAUGAUCAUAUUAAAUCAGAAUUUUUAACAUUACGUCGACAUAAAAAAUCAAUAUCUAUUGGUAUAUGUCGUUGUACAGAACGAUCUCUAUUAAAUAAUACAACAAUACAACAUUUAAGUUCAUUAACAUUAGAUGAAUUUAAAAAAUUAUCUCUUGAACAUUCAUCAACACCAUCACCUAAUGAAAGUCGAAAAUCAUUAACUAUUACAGAUGAAAUUAUAACAAAUACAGAUUUAAAAACAAUUUCAAAUAAACAUAAAUUGAUACAUGAACAACACUAUAAACCAUUGGUUUAUAAACGUAAUACAAGUCCAAAUAGAGAUAGUGGUUUCAUUGAAACAGAUGGCACAAAUACAUCGAUGUUAACAGAUCGUAGUGUUAUUUCAAAUGUUAAUAAUAAUAAUAAACGUCGAAGUAAAAUAUCAUUAGAAAAAAGUGAAGAUGGAUCAAUGGAUACACAUAAAUCACUUGAUUCACUUCAACAAUCUAUUUCAAAAAUAACAACAACAACAACGGAACCAACUAAAAAGAAACCAUCUAGUUUGAUUUAUUCUACACAAAAACGUGAUAAACAUGUUCGAACUCAAGAUAAUGUACCAAUUCAAACUGUUACUGAUGCAUGUUUUAUUUAUCGUCGUCAAGUUGUUAAACAAGAUACGAAUGAUGAUGAAAAAGCAGCUAUAAUUACUCGUGGUCGUGAAAUAGCAUAUGAAGCUGCAAAUACACCAACAAUUCCAUCAUCAAUGCCUAAUUAUACACGUGAUCAAAUUCGAGAACUUUAUGGUGAAUUAGAUAAAAAAACACGUCGUUUACAAGAUGAUGAAUAUAUAUAUCAUUCAUCAAAUGGAAAACAUCAAUGGAAAUUAGCAUCACCAACAAAUAUGAAAAAAAUUACUGAAUGUCCAUUACCGAAAUUUCGUCUUGAUAAAACACCUGAACAUAAUGAUGAAACAUUACUUAUGGCUGCAUAUUUAUCAACAGGUAUAACAAAUCCACGAAUAAAACCAAUUGUACCUAUUGAUAAUUUUCAUUCAGUUAUGAUGAAUGCAAGUGCAAAAGUUAAUGAAUGGGCACAUAAUAAUGAAAUAUAUUUAACACCAAUUAAUAAAAAUAUUAUUCAUACAUCAAAUAAUGAUCAUUCAACAAUGAAUUCAUCACCACCAUUAGUAUUUGAUGUUCAUUUUAAUAUAAAUCAACUUGCUGCACGUACACCAACAGAUAAUAAUAAUAGUAAUCGACCAACAUUCUUAGAAGUUAUUGAACAACAACAAACAACAGAUCAUUCAAAUCAAACUAAUCAUAAUCAAGAAAAUCGUCGUUCUAUUCGACGACAACCAGAUACAACAGAUACAAUAUCAUCAUCACCUGAUUCAAAUGAUAUUGCUUUAGAAACAACACCGUCAACACCUGGUUCAUGUGGAAUGUAUCUUGAACCUUAUAUGCGUCGAGGUUAUGAUUUACCAUCAGUUGAUCAUGAUAUACGAGAUUCUUCAUGGCAACAUACUGAUAAUGAGGAUAUUGAUGAAUCAAUUAGAUCAAUGAAAAAUAUAACUCCAAUUGAAAGUCCAACAACAUCAAAGCUUGAUACUAAUAUUCUUUCAUCACAACCAAUGACAUCUCAAAUUAAUGAUAUGGAUAGUUUGAUUGAUUUGGAAGAUGGUACAACUGUUUCUUAUCACACAGCUAAAGAAUCUCGUCUGGAUAACACUAAUCAAUCAACAUUGUCUGUUGAAAGUGAUGAAACAGUAAGUAGUACUCAUCAUCAACCUAGUGUACGAGAUGAACUUAUAAAUAAUACUAUGUCACCGGAAGAAAGUUUUUAUUAUGAUGCAUGUACAUCACCUACACAAACAAAUCAACAAACAUUACCAUCAACAGAUAAACAAGAUAUUCUUAUAGAUAAUUUAACAAAUUUAUUAGAACAAAUUGAAACAUUUAAUUAUAGAAAGCAACAAUUAUUACCAACAGUUGAUGAAGAAAAAUCACGUUUAUCACCUGAAGGUGAAGAAUCAACAACAAAUAUUGAUUGUUUAGUUACAAUUGUUGAUGAUAUACAUGAAUAUAAUCAAAGAAAAACAACAAAUACAAUGGAUAGUCUUUUAUUUAUUUAUGAUGAUGAUAUUAAUGAUGAACAAGCAAAUUCAUCAAUUGAUAAUCUCGUUGAAAUUGUUCAUUCAGCUCAUGAAACAACCGUAUGUGUUAAUAAUUUACUUUUUAUUUAUGAUGAUGCUAUAACACCAACGGAUGAUGAACCAAAAAAAAUAAUAAAUGAUUCAGAUGAAUGGUCAUAUGAUAAUUUAAUAAUUGAUCAAAACGAACAAAAUAAUAUUGAUAAUUUAGGCCUUAUUAUACAUGAUGCUUUAACAGUUAGAUUUCAAAAACCAAUUAAAUCUCAACAAAUUAGUGAAGUUGAAGAAUUAACAACUAAUAUUGAUAAUCUAACUCCAGUUGUACAUGAAAUUUUAACAACAAAAAUUGAAAAACCAAUUGAUGAAAUUAGUCAUGAAAUUGAAGAACCAAUUUUUGAUAUUGAUAAUUUAACUACGAUUGUUCAUGAAGCUUUAGCAGCUCAAUCGCAAAAAUCAAUAAAAAUAAAAACAACUGAUCAAUUUAAUUCUGAUGUUCAAGAAAUGAUUGAUGAAUCAAUGACUGAUACACAUAAUCUAGGUACCAUUAUUCAUGAUACUUUAUCAACUAGAUUUCAAAAACCAAUAAAAACAAAAACAACUGAUCAAUUUAAUUCUGAUGUUCAAGAAAUUAUUGAUGAAUCAAUGACUGAUACACAUAAUCUAUGUACCAUUAUUCAUGAUGCUUUAUCAACUAGAUUUCAAAAACCAUUAAAAAUAAAAACAACCGAUCAAUUUAAUUCUGAUGUUCAAGAAAUUAUUGAUGAACCAAUGACUGAUAUAGAUAAUCUAACUAUAAUUGUCCAUGAUGCUUUAUCAACUGGAUUUCAAAAACCAAUAAAAAUACAAACACCUAUUGAAAUCGAUCAUACAUUUCAAACAGAAAUAUUUCCAGAAUUUAUUGAUGAAUCAAUAUCUGAAAAUCUAGAAAAAACAACUAAUGAAUUCGAUCAAGAAUCUAAUCCUUCUGUUAAUGAAUUAAUAGAUGAUAAUAUUCAUACAUCAGAAACAAUUAUUUAUGAAAUUGAACCAUCAAAUGAACAAUUAAAUCCUACGAUAUUAGAAUCUCAAUCAUUACCCGUUAGUAAUCUAUCACAAAUAAUUAGUGGCACACUUUUAACAAGUUCACAUUAUCAUCAAGAUAAAAAUAAAAUUGAAUAUAAUAUUAAACAUCAAUCAUUAUAUGAUGAAGAAAUUUAUGAAGAAUAUGGUUAUCGUCGUACAACAACAGAUUCAAAUACAGAUGAUAUUGUUGAAAAAUAUGAAGAAUUAUGUCGACGUUAUUUAUCGAGUUGUGAUCAAUAUCAAACAACAGCUAAAAAAUUAGAUGAUGAAAUAAAUCAAUUUGAAAAAGGUUUACAUGAACAAAAACAAAAUAUUUUAACACCAACAAGUGAUACAACAACAAGUGAAGAAUUAAUAACAACAAUUGAACGUGUUAUUGAUAUGCGUGAUCAAACAACAGUUAAAAGAAAUGAUACAGAUGAUUAUUGUUUGACAUUAAAUGUUCAACGACAACCAAAUUAUAUAGGAAAAUAUGGUUUUGAUUUUGAGGAAAUAUAUGAUGGAAAAAUUCAAGUUUCAAAAAUUCUUGAUGAAAUCUAUUGUCCCAAUAUAAAUAUUGGUGAUGAAAUUAUUAGUAUAAAUAAUGAUCGAACAUUUAAAACAUAUGAACAAUGUCAAAAAUUAUUUGAUUCAUUAUGGAAAAAUGACUAUGAAACUAUACAAAUAACUGUUAUUAAAUCAGCUAACAACAUUCCAAUAACAAAAACCUCUGAACCGGUGUCAUUACAGUCAAGUUCUCUGUCUUGGCCAUUAUCAACAGCUGAAUCAGGUAGGAUAAUAGAAUACAUUUUUUUUGCUAUUCAAUUUUUUAUUGAUUUCUGGGCAUUGGAUAUUGCAUGA